AAUAUCAGCUGGGUCUCGUAAACAUGGCCUUCACGGCGUUGACCAAGGACUUCUCUCGCCUCCUUCGUGCCUCUUUAUUGGCCUAUCACAAAAAUGGAAGAAGGGGGCUCACAUUAUCAGCAGCAAGAAGAUGCUCCAUAUACACCACAGAUCCAAUUGAUACCAAUGAACCAACCUUUGAGAAGAUACUGAUUGCAAAUAGAGGAGAAAUUGCUUGUCGAGUCAUCAAAACGGCAAGGAAGAUGGGUAUCAAAACAGUCGCCAUCCACUCUGAUGUUGACUCUAAUGCAUUUGUAGGUAGUCCAAAAACCGUGUACUUUUCCCAGCUGGCUCACUGCGGUAUUCCCACUAUUUAUAAAUUAAGUCUCAGCAGUGACAUAUUGGAUAGUGAAUAUAAAAUAUGUGGGAAAUGUUCAAAUGCUUCUAUUUAUUCCAUGAUUGGAGAUCAUAAUUUUAUAAUGGCAAUUAAACUCACCCAAAACCCCCCAGUGAAGUUUGUGAUGGCGUCUGUGGGGGAACCAGCCCAGGCUCGAGACUCCUACCUACGGAUGGACAGAAUAUUGGAUGCCAUCAAGACCACUGGCUCCCAGUUAAUCCAAAAUUCCAUGGCAGCUGGAGUCAAUACCAUCCCAGGCUUUGAUGGUAUUGUGAAAGAUGCUGAGGACUGUGUGCGCAUCAGUAACGACAUUGGGUACCCAGUGAUGAUCAAGGCGUCUGCUGGAGGUGGUGGAAAGGGCAUGCGCAUUGCCUGGAAUGAUGAUGAAGCUCGUGAGGGAUUCAAACUAUCCACACAAGAAGCCGCCUCUAGCUUUGGGGAUGACAGAAUACUGGUAGAGAAGUUUGUUGAUAAUCCAAGGCAUAUUGAAAUUCAAGUUUUAGGUGAUAAAUUCGGCAAUGCGAUAUACCUUAAUGAACGCGAGUGCUCGAUCCAGCGUCGCAACCAGAAAGUCAUAGAAGAGGCCCCCAGUGUGUUUCUGGAUGAAGCAACAAGAAAAGCUAUGGGAGAGCAGGCUGUGGCAUUAGCCAAGCAGAUUGGAUAUUCAUCUGCAGGAACUGUUGAAUUUCUUGUUGACUCCAAGAAGAAUUUCUACUUUCUUGAGAUGAAUACAAGACUGCAGGUGGAGCAUCCCAUCACAGAGUGUAUUACUGGUGUUGACCUUGUGCACCAAAUGAUAAGAGUGGCUAAAGGACAUACACUGAAAAUUAGCCAGAAAGACGUACCCAUAAGGGGCUGGGCCAUCGAGAGUCGAGUUUAUGCUGAGGAUCCUUUCAAGAACUUUGGCCUCCCAUCUAUUGGUCGGCUAUCAAAAUAUCAGGAACCACUUCAUCUCCCAAAGGUUCGUUGUGACAGUGGAAUUGAAGAGGGAAGUGAAAUUAGCAUAUAUUAUGAUCCAAUGAUCUGUAAGUUAGUGUGCUAUGGAGACAACAGAGAAGAAGCCUUGGAGCGCAGUAUCAAGGCUUUAGAUGCCUAUGUGAUUAGGGGUGUGACACAUAACAUUCCCCUGCUAAGAGACAUCCUCACUGAGGAACGCUUCGUAUCAGGAAAUAUUUCAACCAAUUACCUUCCUGAGGUUUAUCCUGAUGGAUUUAAGGGGAAGCAACUAUCAUCAAAGGAAAAGGCUGAUCUUACUGCAGUGUUAGCUUCAGUUUAUGUGAAAGAUGCACUUAGAUCCAGAAAUUUUGUGAAUGUUGAAAGGAUUAAAGUCAAUAGCCGAAUCCCCUCAUCGUGGAAUUUAGUGGUUAAAGUUGCUGGUGAAGACGUCCCUUGUGAAGUAAAAUUGGAGGAUGGUACUUUCAAGGUGAAGGUUGAAGGAAGGGUUGUGGCUAUGGACUCUGCUUUUGAUCUUGCUUCUCCCCUUAUUGAAGCUAAUAUUGACGGGGAACAAGAAACUGUUCAGCUCAUUAAGCUCGGCUCAGGUGGUGAGAUCAGAAUAAGAUAUAAAGGAACAGCAUUCCAAACCACUGUGGUCACAGAUACAGCCCAUCGCUACCUCUCUUAUAUGCCAGAGAAACCCAAGGUUGACCAGAGUAAAGUAGUUUUGUCUCCAAUGCCUGGCUUGGUGAAGUCCAUAGCUUGUGCUCCAGGAGAUAUGGUUGGAGAAGGUCAGGAAGUGUGUGUCAUUGAGGCAAUGAAGAUGCAGAACUCCUUGGUUGCUGCAGCCACUGGGAAGGUAAAAGCCGUCCACGUGAAGGAAGGAGAGACCGUUGAAGAGGAGCAAGUUUUAGUCGAGUUAGAGUAGAAUAACAUGAAAAUUUGUGUAGUAUUUGGAGUUCAUGAAUUGGUGUGAGAGCAACAGGAGGUUUUUGUGUAGCGUUUGAGUUAGAGAGAGAUUGCAAGAAAUGCAGCUGUAUUUUGAAGAUUGGCCUUUUAAGAUUAUUUCACGUCUUAACAGUUAUUUUUAAAAUAACCAUGUAUUUUCUGCAUCCAUCAACUAGGAUUGUAAAUUUACUUAUUUUUGAUAUCCAUAAAGGAAUCCCCCUUGAGUGAGUAAUCAACAACUAAAGGUAAACUUGAAGUUAGGUUACAUACAUAAUAAGAUUGAAGCAAUUUAGCCACUUUACCAGUGUGUAGCUAAUUUUGAAACCUUGUUGAAUUGCUGAUAUCAAAGCAACACAUCAUCAAUUUAGUAUGUAAUGGAUAUUGCUUAGUUUCAUCAAAUAUAUGUGUACAGUUCAAUUUAAGGUAAUCUAUUAUGGACACUAAUUACUGAAAGAUCGUUUCUACUCACUUGUCAGAAGCACACAAUAGAUGUACAUCAUUGGGCAUUGUGUAAUUUAUAUAUACACAUCUGUGUGACUACUGAAAGCUUUAGAAAUGAUGACUUCUGUUAAAUUAAAGAAGGUGCAUUUCAUGAAUUUAGAUUUUUCGGUUGUCCGUUACGUAUCUUCAUAAUAUUGGUAUUUAAACCUUGUAAUUUCCAAGUAAUAUAAAAUUAAUGCAAUUGCAGUUGAUCUAAUGAUAUAGGUUGAUGUUGAAAUAGUUUGGAAUAGAAAUUACUUGAAAAGAUUGAGUAGUGACAAAUUUUUGGACUUGUUAGAAAAAAAUAAAACUAUUUUUGUGUACAUUUAUUGUAAAAAAAUAAAAAAAUUGUCUUCUAGUAUCAUGUCAUAUAGUGGUGUAUAGUUAGGAAAGAUUUGAUUUAGAUUUUCAGGUCUUUGUUUGUAAAUUUUCAUUUCCAGUGAUUAUAUUUUUGUAGUGUAAUAAAGUUUCAGUUAGCUUA